ACAGAGCUGCAGUGAGAGGCGGAGCAACACUGGAGAGAGGAGAGCUGCAACGUCACACUCCAGAAAUGAAAGUUAAGGAUUUGUCAGUGUCGCAGUAGAGUUUAGGCAGUCGAGACAAGUCUCUGUUUCUCUCUAAAAGAAAAAUUCAAACUGAGUUCAUCAGGUCUUUCUCAACAACACAGCAGAGUCUCUGUCAAACACUGAUAUGGCUGCUGCAAACUAUCUGCGAUCUGAAGAUCAGUUUCUGUGCUCCAUCUGUCUGGAUGUGUUCACUGAUCCAGUCACUAUACCAUGUGGACACAACUUCUGCAAAAAAUGCAUCAAUGAACACUGGAAUACUAAUGACCAGUACCUGUGUCCGAUGUGUCAAAAGGUUUUCAACACAAGACCUGAGCUGCACGUCAACACCUUCAUCUCUGAGAUGGUUGUUCAGUUCAGACAGUCAGCUCAACAGAAAACCAGCAGCAUCAGCUCAGAGCAACAAGUGUCCAAACCAGGAGAAGUUCCCUGUCAUGUCUGCACUGGAACCAAACUGAAGGCCCUGAAGUCCUGCCUGGUGUGUCUGGCCUCCUACUGUGAGACUCACCUGGAGCCUCAUCUGACAAUGUCAGGCCUGAAAAGACAUCAGCUGAUCGACCCUGUGGAGAACCUGGAAGACAAGAUGUGUACGAAGCACGAUAAACCUCUGGAGCUGUUCUGUAAGACCGACCUGACAUGUGUCUGCAUGCUCUGUCAUGUUUUAGACCACAAGAUGCAUGAUGUUGUUCCUCUGAAAGAAGAAUAUGAAGGAAAGAAGGCCGAGCUGGGGAAGACAGAGGCUGAAAUCCAGCAGAUGAUCCAGAAGAGACGACUGAAGAUUCAGGAGAUCAAACAGUCAGUUGACCUUAGUGAGGAAGAUGCAGACAGAGAGAUAGCAGAAGGUGUUCAAGUCUUCACUGCUCUGAAGGAGUCUGUUGAGAGAGGCCAGGCCAAUCUCAUCGACACGAUCAAAGAGAAGCAGAAAACAACAGAAAAACAGGCCGAAGCUUUCAUCAAAGAGCUGGAACAGGAAAUCUCUGAGCUGACGAAGAGAAGGACUGAUAUCGAGCAGCUCUCACACUCUGAAGACCAACUCCAUCUUCUCCAGAGUGUCCAGUCCCUGAAAGCUGCUCCACCCACCAAGGAUUGGACAGAGGUCAGCGUCCGUCCAUCAUAUGAGGGGACUAUGAGGAGAGCUGUGGCUCAGCUGGAGGAGACACUCAGUAAAGAGAUGAAGAAGCUGGUCGCUGAGUCAGAGCUGAAAAGGCUCCAGCAGUAUGCAGUGGAUGUGAUACUUGAUCCUGAUACAGCUCAUCCCAAUCUCAUCCUGUCUGAUGAUGGAAAACAAGUGAAUUUUGGUGAUGUGGAUAAGAAUCUCCCAGACAACCCAGAGAGAUUUUCUGAUAGUGUUUGUGUUUUAGCAAAGCAGAGUUUCUCUUCAGGCAGAUUUUACUUUGAGGUUCAAGUUAAAGGAAAGACUAAAUGGAAUUUUGGAGUGGCCAGAGAGUCGAUCAACAGGAAGGGAACUAUCAGUAUGACCCCUCAGAGUGGUAACUGGACUUUAUAUUUGAGGAAUGGAAAUCAGUACAAAGCUGCUACUGGCCCUUCAGUCAGUCUAUCUCUGAAGUCUCGGCCUCAGAAGGUGGGGGUGUUUGUUGAUUAUGAGGAGGGUCUGGUCUCCUUUUAUGACGUAGAUGCUGCAGCUCUUAUCUACUCCUUUACUGGCUGCUGCUUCACUGAGAAACUCCUUCCAUACUUAAGUCCCUGUAACAAUGAAGGUGGCAAAAACUCUGCACCUCUGAUCAUCUGUCCUGUUGGAGUAAACUAAUAACUUAUCUUAUUGAUUUAUUUUCAUUCAAGGGAACAAAAGUAAGCAUUUAAUGGAAACACUGUAGAGCAGGGGUCUUCAACGUUUUUCAGGCCAAGGACCCCCAAACUGAUGGAGAGAUGGAGCAGGGACACCCAACUAUAUAUAUUGUAUAAAAUUGUGUUUUAUAUUAAACUGGGCCUAGUGCCAUUUAUAAAUGUACCUUGUUAUUGUGCAUUCAAUACUAAGCUAUUCAAAUAAUACACAGGUUCAUAUAUUCAUGUUUUUACUUUAAACAUGUGCAAGGUACAGUGAGUAGAUAAAUUGUAAUAAAUAAGAAUUAAAAAAAAAAAAA